AUGACAAUCGAAGAGUCUGGCACUGGCCAGUCUGAUGCCCCUCUGUCUACCUCUUCUUCGAAUACUUCUUCUGUCUUCUCCGCAGAAAUGUCAAUUCCAAAUCAACAAGUUGUCAUUGUCACAGGUGAAAGCAAUGUGAAACCUGCUCCCAAGUUCCAUGGCUCUGGAUUCUCAGUGGAGGAGGAUCCCCUUCAAUUCCUGGAAGAUUUCAAAGAGGCAGCUUCUUGGAAUAACUAG